GACCUUUGGGCUCAGAUGGUUUAGGCCGUAACUUAUUAUUAAAUAAUAAAGUCACAGUAGUUGGAGCCGUGGCAGCCUUUAAUGCCUGGAUUGUGUUUUCUAAUUCUGGAACAAAAGAUUGAUGAGAAUAAAAAUUGAAAAUGCUGAUUUAAAACGGGUAAAUAUACCAAGUCCAAACAGUCAACAAGUGACAUUUUAUAGAGGAGCUUCUUACAUAUAAAGAAGAAAAUUGAUCAGAUAAAUUCAAUUGUGUAAAACAUGGUUAUUAAAAUCUUCAUAGAUCAUUUGAUGUGUUUUUAUUUCCGGUUUCAUUUCCUUUCACUUUCAGAACUUCUCCUUUCAGCAGAGCUGCAGCGGUUUUCUCUGCAUCUCUGCAGAGAAUCAGAGACCGAAGUCAAAGCAAGAUGAUCCUGCUGCUCGCUCUGCUUUGCUCCAUCUGGGGAGAACCUUCUCUGGCUCUGGAGGAGGACAGAGCUUUCAGUUUUGAAGGGGACCUCCAGCAGCUCUCAGUGAGCCAUGACUCUGUUUACAUCUCUACAGAGGAGAAGCUUUACCAGCUGAGCCACGACCUGAUUCUGAUCCACAGCCUGAGCCUAAGAGGGAUCCUAAAGAACCCGCGUCAACGGAACAGAGAGGAGUUUCAUCGGGUCUCAAUAAAUGAUGCCUGGAAUGCAACUUUCAACAUAAACAUUUUAUUACCUUUUGUGAACAAUGGGACAUUGAUCGUCUGCGGUGCGACAGACAAAGGCUGUGGUUACUGUGAGGUUCUGGACCUGAGGGACAUCUCUAAGCUGGUGUACAGAGAGCACAUCCUGGUGGGACCUUGGAGGAAAAGCAGAGGUUCUGUCAGCUUUCUGGUGGACGUGAAGAAGGAUUCAGUUCAGACUGAGACAUACAUCCUGACCGCCAUCCAGAAACAUAGCUCUGAUGGAGGUGAAGGCAGCAGACUGCUGGCCUCCUCGCUCAUCCCAGGAGGACAGCAGGUCCUUUGGAGCGGAGUGUUCAGUUUGGAUGAAGGAGAGACCAACACUGAGCUGCUGCUGUUUGACAUCAGUCCUGAUCAGAGCAGGACAACAGACACCGAUCCAGACUUCUAUUACUCAUCAAACAAGCCGCUUGCAGUAGACAGGAACUAUCAGCCCGCCUGUCCAAAGAUCCUCUACAGAACCAGUGGAGACAACAGAGUGUUUCCUAAAAUCCAUCUGGAUCCCGUGGAUCAGAAACAUGUGUAUGUGGCGUUCAAAAACCAGGUGAAGCAUGUUCCGGUGUCAAACUGCGGCGCUCACCAACAUGUGAAGGACUGUCUUUCUGCUCAGGAUCCAUUCUGUGUCUGGUGUUUGACUGAAGGAAGAUGUAAAUUUGAAGGAGACUGCAAAGAUGGAGAGUGGUUUUCCAUCCCUGAUGAAUCCAAGCAGAAGAUAGUUUCUCACAUAGUUAUGCAGGACUCCACAGGAGAGAUCAAACUAAGCAUUCAGACACAUCUGACCCUGAAGCAGGUGGUUCAGUAUAACUUUGCCUGUCAGUUCUCUACAUCUUCCACCAAACUUUGUAAAGAAACUGGACCACAACCACAGUACCCACAAUGCACCUGCAUUCUAAAGGACUCUCUUCCAACUGAUGAUCUUCAUGUCGAUAUAAACAUCAGACUUGGAGGAACAAUCCUGGCAGACCAAAUAAAGAUAUCCAACUGUUCAAAUAUCACUGGGGAAGCAAGUUUUCACCUGUGUCAGCGAUGUAUCAGAGCCGGCUGUGGAUGGAGACAGAACCGCUGCUCCUGGGGCAGUGAUCCAAUCCAGAAGGAAAGCAUUUGUGAAAACAUGGAGUUUGGGAAAGACUUUUUUAAACCAGAGAUCUCCUCCAUUUCUCCCAGCGUUGUGUCUUUCUAUGGCAGAAAUCAUGCUGUGCUGUCAGGUCAUAACCUCAGAGAUGUGACCAGAGUCAGGAUUCAGGACAACAUGGGCUGUGAUACAAAGGAAUCUCCUGUGUUGAGCAACAGUGGGUCAAGUCUGAUGUUCCACAUUCCCAGUACAGAAAAGAAAGGCAUGUUCAAAGUCUGUGUCCUACUACCGGAUGGAAGCUGCCAUGGCCAUCUUACAAUAACGUAUCAGUCAUCACCAGUCUGCAGAGAUAUUGUACCACCAAGCACCUGGGCGAGUGGGAAGAGGAAGCUCACCCUUAUUGGGACGAACUUAGACUUGGUGGAGGGGAUCACACACAAAUACACCCAGCAGAAAGUCAUACCUUUAAGGAAAAGCAGCUUUCAGAAUCUCAUUUAUGAAACUCCCUCAGAAACAAAUGCUGGGAUGUUGCAUAGCCCCGUGUUUCUGAAAGUAGCCAAUCAGUCAUUGAAAUGUAAAAAAGAAAUAGUUUACUAUCCUGACCCAAAGUUCACCAGCUACACAGCUGUGAGGGAAGGCAAGGAUAUCCGCAUCACUAUCCAAAAAGAGGCAGAUAAGCUGGAGAUGAAACCAGAAGAGUUGGAGGUUUGGGUGAUUCAAGGUGAAAAGCAACACCAGUGCAUCGAAAUAUCCAAACAAAGCAGCAAUGAGACAGAAAGUUUCAUCUGUGUGAUGGAAGGACUGCAGAACUUUAACCAGAUAAAGAUCCAGUAUGGAGGCAAAACAAUAAACCUGUGGGAGUUGUCUUUUUUACAUCGAAUCCUUCUGAUCAUGCGGCUCUUGCUAAUACCCUGCAUUAUUGCUGUUCUGGUGAAAAUUUGCUGGUGGAAUAAGAAACUCACUGCUGAGACAAACCAUCUCUGAUCACCUGACUGUUUCA